UUUUUUUAGUUAAGUCUUGUUGUUGAACCAAGACAAAUGACGGAUUUGGAUUACUCAAAGUUUCUUCUGAUAUUAACGUUCUUUUUUGUCCUGUGAUCAACUUUCAACAUGUAUAACCUAACCUACAACCACCAGUUUUUUCAAAAUCAAAACUAUGUUAAGAGUGAAAAUAUGGAUACAAAUUUUGUUAAUGUUUUGAACAACAAAUCAUUUAAAUCAUCGAUACCAUCAUCAUCUGUUUUAUCAUUAGUUAAGAACUAUUCUUCAAGUAUAAAUGAUAAAUCAACGUUCAAUCAGCUGAAUUUAAUCAACAACAACAACAACCGUAAUAACAACAAUAAUAUUUGUUAUAAUAAUAAUAAUAAUAAUAAUAAUGUUAUUAAUAUGAAUAACCAACAACUACCUCAAAGAAAUGAUAAUAUAAACCAUCAUACCAAAUUAGUUAAUAACCAGAAAAAAAGAUAUUCCUGUGAUCAAUGUUCAUAUUCAACUGAUAGACGAGAUCUUUAUCGGAGACAUGAAAAUAUUCACAGAGAUGAAAAGCCAUUUCGUUGUUAUGUGUGUAAUAAAAUGUUUAACCGAGCUGAUCAUGUUAAGAAACAUUUCCUUAGGAUCCACAAAGGUCUUGAAUAUAAUGUGAAACUAAUCAAAAGGAUUAACGGCGUUGAUUAUACUGCAUCAAAUGUCAAUCAUACCACCAAUGGAUCGCCAAAUACCAACAAUAGCAUCGCUUCCGAAAGUACACUUUUAAACAAUAACAAAAUCAUUUGUGACACCAACAAUAACAACCAUAAUAGUAUUACUAAUUUAGAAAGUCAAACCAAUGGUUUAAAAAGUUUACCAACGUUUAAUCUCGCUUUGUGGAAUGAAGAAUCAAAUAGAUUACUUCUUGAAAACUACAGUUCGCAAUCCAAGUAUACAUUACCUCCACGACAAUCUCAAUCUCAAUUGCAUUCUAAUUCUCAAUUAUCUCAAUUGUCUCAUCAAUCAACACAUCAAGAUCGUGAACAUUUAUGUGAUUCAAAUGGUCAAUCAAACGAUCAAAGGGACUUGCUAAAUAUUAUUAAUGAUGCUGGUUUAACUUUAUGUUUAAAGCUGAAUGGUUCAAAUAAUGGAGUUAAUGGAAGAACAUCGAAUGCUGAUAAAUCGCCCCUUAUUUCAUGCUUCUCAACGAAAAUGUCUAGUCAUGUAAAUUCACCAAGAUCAACUCCACCAACUCCAUCGCCUUCACCACCCUGCACUGAUAUACGAGGUAUAAAUAUAUUUAAAGGGUCAAUACCAAGAAAUCAAGAAAAUCGACGUUCCCCAUACGAUAUGAGAUCUGUCUGUGCAACACAAAAUCAUCGAAAGCCAACAUCACUUUUAUCACCAAUCAAUUGCAAAAUACCUCCACAAACAAUAGCAACAUCGUUAGUUAAACCAAAAUGUCCAGAUAAAAAUGAAAACUCACAUCAAUAUGUUCAACCUGAUCACCAAAUGACAAUAACGUCUCUCAAAGGCAGCAAAAGCAAAGCCAGCCACAUCACUAACAAUAACAAUGGAUGUAAUAUUAUUGAUAAAGUCGAUGAAAUGAUAAAAAUGAGUGAAAAUGAAUUCAAUAGACGCCUAUUGGAAUCAAUGGGUCCAUCUUCGUCCUCUACUUUAUUAUCUGAACGAGACUCGUUUCCACAUGCGACUCUAAUUUUUAAUACUGAACCAUCUAAUAACUCAAAGAAAACUAGUUGGUUUAACCGUUUGAAUCCAGUUCGUGUUAAUACAGUGUCUAGUGUUUCAACUAGCAAUAAUGAUUUGGAUGAUGAAUCUAAUUCACAAUCAAAGAUUAAUAUCAAUAUGAAAUAUUCACAUAAAUUUCCAGAUAAACAUUCAGAAAAAUAUUCUGAAGAAGAAAUAUCAUCAGAAACAUGGCAGUCUGAUGAAAUUUCAAUAGAUGAAUCCGAUAUCAUUGAAGAAGUUGAUAGUGAAGAUGACAAUUAUUUAGAAAUGUCUCAAUUUAAAGAUGAAGAUGAUGAUAAAAUUGAUAUUUAUUUACAUGAAAUCAAAUCAAAUACAUUUGAUUGUGAAUAUUGUGGAUGUUCAUUUGCUAAUUACAAAUCACUUCAUACUCAUCGUUAUCUUCUUCAUCAAUAUAUCAACAAGCAAAACAAUCUUUAUCCAUAUUCUUGUGUUAUUUGUGGUAAACGAAGUUCAACACAAAAGCAAAUGAUAAAUCAUAUGGUUAAUCAUAAUGGACUGCGAAAUUCAAGGAAAUACUCAAGAAAUGGAUCAGCAUCACCAUCUAUGGUGCCUAUGAAAUCAUCAAUAAGGAAAAAUCGAAGAAAACAAAGCGAACCAAAACGAGUUGCAAUGUAAAUUCAAAAGAGCAACUUUUGAUAACAUAUGCCAUUGGAUUCUCUUAAUUGCCAAUUGAAAUGAUAAUCGAGUUGAUUAUGGAUUAUUAACAGCAAUAGCAUCCGAUUGGGAGGAAUCAAAUGUUAUGCGACUGGUUAUCCGCUUAUUCAAUCUUCAUCUUCAGAUCUAUCCCAAAAAUGCCAAGAAAUAUAAAUUUAUUAAAUUUUCACCCAAUGUCUGUAAACUGUGAUCAGCUCUAUUUUAUUUAGUUAGAUUGAUCAUGUUAAUAUGUACCUGAGCUUGUUAAUUAAUUUGUAAAUAACAUAAAAUAAAAUGUUUAUGAUGCAAAAUCGUUUUUAAAACACUAA